AUGGACGAAGAAAAGAAAACGGACGUUUUCCCCGGCCACAUGGAUGCUGACAUAGUUCACGAUAACGAGAAACGUCCCCCAUUCCCUUCUGAGAGUGUCGAGCGAGAUGGCGUCAAAAUCCAUCCCCCGCCCACCUCGGAUCCCCUGGAUCCCUUAAACUGGUCUAGGGUUCAGAAGCACUCCAUUCUGGGAAUUGUCAUGCUGAAAUAUUUCCUUUUCACUUACAUCACUACCACGACCGUCCCCUCGUUCCCUGAAAUCCAGUCCCAGUUCAAUAUCAACUACUCACAGGUCAACUGGACCGUGGCUAUCCCCGCUCUGGGUUUGUCCGUGGGCCCGUUGUUUUGGUCUUCAUUGAGCGAUAUCUAUGGGCGUCGCAUCAUUUUCAUUAUAGGGACAACCAUCUCUUUGGUGGCUACUAUUGGUGCAGCGGUGGCCGAAACCUAUGGAGGGUAUAUGACGGCUCGAUUCUUUCAAGGGUUCGGUGUCAGUCCGGGGUCAACCGUGGGCAUGGCUGUGGUCAAUGAUAUUUUCUUUGACUAUGAACGCGGACAGAAACUAGGAUUAUGGGUUCUGGCCCUCGACUCAGGACUUCUUCUUGGCCCUACAUUCGGCGGGUUCCUCAAUCUCUUGAGCGCAGCAUGGAUCAAUUGGUUCAAUGCCAUCCUCUUCGCCGUCCUACUCCUCCUCGAACUCUUCUUCAUGCCCGAGACCCUCUACCCACGCACCCGCAUGCUCCACCAACUGCCUAAAAACCUCUCUCCAUACUCCACAGACAUCGAACAGCCCCAAGAGAAGUUCGAAGCAACAGUACAAACUACAGAGACAAAUGCGAUACCUCGAACAAAAGCCCUCAAAUUCUUCAACCUCCGUCCCAUCCCCGGUUUGCGCCAUCCAAAGCCUUGGGAUGCCGCUCUGCGGUUCCUUCUUACCUUUCAGUUCCCUGCUGUCGUUCUCGCCGUCCUCGGAUACUCAUUUAUUUGGUAUUGGUGGGUGUUAUCAGUGAUAACGAUGGUACCAGCCGCGUAUGCAGCGUAUUCGCCGUUGAUCCAGGGCCUGUUAUUUCUGGGAUUAUUUAUCGGGACGCUAGUGUCGGAGGUAUGCUGCUCGGGGAGGCUCAGUGAUUAUAUUGUCAAGCGAUUAGCUAGGAAGAACGGGGGGAUGCGACUACCCGAGAUGAGGCUAUGGUUAGCCUAUCCUGCCAUUUUAAUCACCGCAGUCGGAUUAAUAGUCUGGGGCAUCAGCAUCGACAAAAGCUACCACUGGAUGAUCGGCCAAAUAGCAUUCUUCCUAUUCUCAGCAGGAAUCCAAAUCGGCAACACCGUAACAAGCAGCUAUAUAAUCGACAGCUACCCACUCCAAUCCACCAGCGUCGUCAUCUUCUACGCUGUAUUCCUCAACCUGAGUGCUUUUAUCAACCCUUUCUUCAUCGCCACUUGGCACACCUCUUCUGGCUGGACGUGGACAUUCACAACACAAGCCCUAAUUGUGCUUAUAGCUGGAACGGGCGUGUUCGCUGCGUUACAGCGGUAUGGGGCGGUUCUGAGAUCCAAGGCAAAGGUGCCGGGAUGGGUAAAUCCGGAGUUUGAUUCUUGA